GAAAUGGGUAAUGAAACUAGUCAAACAUCAGGAGGACAGGAGAAUGUGACUAGUACUGAUGACACUAGUCACAAACGUAGUCAAUCAUUACAACGUGAUUUGGCUUUUUAUCAUGUACAAAAUUCAUCUGAUACCGGAUUAGGCUUAUCAUCAAAUUCAAUGAAAAGUCAAUCACAAAGUUGUUUACGUGAAAUGUAUGAAUUAAAUGAUUACAGCCAAGACAGACCAAGUCCAAAAUUACCUGUAGAUACUACAUCAACCACUGGAAUAGCUUUACUUAAAACUGUACAAAUGGAAUUGACUGAUGAAGAAAAAGAACGUAUACAACAAGUGUUAGCUAGAGCACGUCUUGUAGAAAUGAAAGAAGAUGAACGUGUAAUUUGCUUGAUUUCUGAAAAAUUGCAUGUCAAUUAUACAUAA